AAUGAAUGAUACAUGAAGAGCCUACCUGAGUAUAUCGGAUGCCCAUCCAGGAAGUCCCCAUCCAGGAAGUCCCCUCUGGCUGCAUGACUGUGGAGUCUCCUUUAAAAGUUUUGGCUAAGUUGAUCCAGGCUGAAUUUGGGGGGAAACAUGAAACUACAACUCCCAGCGUCCCACAGUGACACACAACAACACACGAGAGAGAGGCAGCAGCUGGGAGAGGAGACAGACCGACUGCGUAAAGAGAAGCAAAGAGAGAGAAACUGGCAGAGUUUCUCGUCCAUCGAUGGGGUUUAUCACGGCAGCAGAGGAGGAGAACUGACGGAGAGAAAUCCGCUCAAAAUGGCUAAAAACCAAGAAGUUGAGCGCAUCGCUAAAAAGCUGGAUAAAAUGGUGCACAAGAAGAACACGGACGGAGCUCUCGACCUGCUGAAGGAACUGAAGGACAUCAAGAUGUCUCUGGAGACGCUGCAGUCCACCAGAGUGGGGAUGUCUGUGAACGCGGUGAGGAAACACAGUUCAGAGGAAGAAGUUCAGACUCUGGCCAAAGUUCUCAUCAAGUCCUGGAAGAAACUGCUGGACGGUUCAGAGGGGAAGUCGGAGGAGAAGAAGAAUGAAGACUCUCCUGUGAGGUCAUCCUCCACCUCCAAGGACUCUGGCAGCCCUGAAAAAAGCAGUAAGAAGUCAGGGGACUCUCCAACCACCCCAACCACCCCAACCACACCCACCCCAACCACUACACCCACUUCCCCCAUCACCCCCGUCCUCCCCGCUCAGGUCAGCUCCUUCCCCCCUCCCCCCGUCACCACAGACAGUGUGAGGAACAAGUGUCGAGAGCUGCUGGUGGCAGCGCUGCAGACCGACGAUGACUACAAGAACAUUGGCGCCGAUUGUGAGAAUCUUGCAGCACAAAUCGAAGAAGCUAUCUUCCAGGAGUUUAAGGCGACAGAUUUAAAAUAUAAAACUCGUCUAAGAAGCAGAAUCUCUAACCUCAAGGACCAGAAGAACCCCGACCUGCGGCGCAACGUGCUGUGUGGAAACAUCUCGGCUCAGCGCAUCGCCUCCAUGACCGCUGAGGAGAUGGCGAGUGCAGAGCUGAAGCAGAUGAGAGAGGCUCUGACUAAGGAGUCCAUCAGAGAGCAUCAGCUGUCCAAAGUCGGAGGGACGGAGACGGACAUGUUCAUCUGCAGCAAGUGCCACGGAAAGAGCUGCUCAUACACACAGGUGCAGAUCCGCAGUGCUGAUGAGCCGAUGACCACCUUUGUGUUGUGUAACGGCUGCGGCAACCGAUGGAAGUUUUGUUGAAGAGGAUGUGUGUAUGUGUGUAUGCGCGUGUGUGUGUGCGGGUGCGUUUAUUAUUCCAUCAUGAAGCAAAAUGACUAAAUUGAAUUUGAAUUUUUUUUGUUUUAUUUUGUAUAAUUUCUUUUUUAUACAUAAAAAAGUAAGAGCUGUAAUAUAUUUAGAUAUAUUUAAAAAAAGAAUAUGAAAGUCAAACUUGUGUAUAUGGUUUAGUUUGUCUUGUAUGGAGCACUUAUAAAGAGUUUAUUUCUUAUGCUAGAUGAAGCUUUAAGCCAGAUUGAAAUCACAUUUAGGAUUUGUGGAAACAGAGGAUGGGCUUUCCUUUGCCAUGUUGUGAUGAUGCAAUAUUUUGCGCUCAACAUUUCUAUUAAAGUUGCUCUGUGAUUAAGACCA